AUGACAAUAGAAUGCACAAAAGCCCUCACAGGAUCGCAGGCUACAUUCAAGAAACCCCAGGCUCCAAAUAUGUACAAUGCCAUAGUGCAUGCCAAGUCGCUAGAGGUUAAUGCUGACCUUCCUGUUGGCGAGAAGAAGCGCCUCCAAGAAAUUCAGUCUUUAGCAAAAGUCAAACAGGGACCAGAGGGGUUGUGCAAGGACAAGCAGGAGGAGAUGCGCAAUCUCCUCCUCGAACAUUGUGAGAUAAAGAGCUCUGGUGUUUGCUUCAACAAUGCCGCUGCUGCUCAUGAUCUUAUGUGCACAUCAGACAGGAUUGGAAGAGAGCUUGAUAAUCUGGCACUCCGUACAGGCUCAUACGGGUGUUUUUUCCUCACGCAAGGACACAUUAACAACUUAGGAGCAGCCACUUGGUAUGGGAGUGACAACUCCCUCAAUUUUUGGGAAGAUGUAAUUGGUAGGGAUCCAGACGAAAUUGCCCAGUUAUUUGAGCAGUGGGGAUGUUCUAGAAACCAAAUGUGCAAGGGCCUGCAAGAUUGGCCUUCGCAAGGUUCUGGGCUGAACAACUAA